AUGCCGGGCUCGGCUGUGAAGACCAUACCCCUCACUUGGCCGUUCGCCGUCUGGGGCCUGGACAUGGUGGGAAAAUUCAAAAUAGCCCCCGGCGGGUACACCCACCUCCUAGUUGCGGUGGACAACAUCAUAACCGACAGCGGCACAAAUUUCGCCAAAGGGGAGAUGGUUGACUUCUGUGAAGACAAAGGCAUCCGACUCGACCUCGCGUCAGUCGCGCACCCCGAGUCGAAUGGGCAGGCGGAAAGAGCGAACCAGAGCAUCCUCCAUGGAAUCAAAUCACGACUGAUGGUGCCCCUGGAGCGCGUAGCCGGAUGCUGCGCAGAAGAACUCCCCUCCGUGCUAUGGGCCAUUCGCACAACGCCAAACAGGUCGACCGGCUUCACGCCUUUCUUCCUAGUGUACGGCGCCGAAGCAGUCAUGCCCACGGACAUUGCUUACGACUCGCCACGGGUCACCAACUACGCCGAAGAUGAAAAUGAACGCGCUCGCCAUGAUUACAUCGACCUCCUCAACGAGGCCAGGGACCUCGCACUCUCCACAACAGCCAUCUAUCAGCAAGGCCUCCGCCGCUACCACAGUCGCCGCGUCCGCGGUCGCUCCUUCCAAGUCUGCAAGCCCUCCACCUACUUGGACGGCCCUGGGUUCUCCUCCACCACCGGCUCAGCACCACCAUCGCCAUGA